AUGGGAGGCAUGGAAUCAGCCUUUAAGAAACAUGAGAACAUCAAGGUCUCCACGUCUAUCAACGAUUAUGCUCGUACCGAAGUUGUCACGAGCUUCCAAAAGGCUGUGAACAAAACGUCGUAUCACGCCUAUACCUUACUGCUUUUCACAAGCGAUACCAUGAUCGACAUGGUCAUUCCAAGCACAGCUCUUGGAGUUCUUGCAGCUCUUUCUGGCUCAGCCCUGGACCUACCGUCGCAACAAGGCCUUGAUAUUCUGCAAAGAAUACCGAAAGUGCUGAUAUGGCUUUGGCUCAUGGUUCUGCAAUUCUGCCUUCAAAACCAGCGACAUGCGUCUUCAAUGCGGGAAGACGCGAUCAACAAACCCUGGCGUCCAAUUCCCGCAGGAAGAAUCAACAGAACGCAAACGAACCAGCUCUUGCUCGCUACCUACUUGAUAACUGCAUUGGUCAGCUAUCAUUUGCGCGUAGUGCCGAUUUACGUCGCGUGGGUCAUCCUCAUCACGGCAUACAACGACACUGGCUUUAGCGACUACAGCGGCAUCGUGCGUAAUGUCUUCGCUGGUGCGGGCUUUACGUGCACCUUCAGCGGUGCUCUUAAUAUUGCUCUCGGCCCACACAACCCGAUAAGCUAUACAGCCUGGCAAUGGACUCUUCUAGUCACAUUUGGUAUCAUUGCAACAACCAUUCAGACCCAAGAGUUUCGCGACGAAGCGGGCGACAGAGCCCGUGGCCGCCGUACAGUUGUCAUCGAGUUGGGGAGAAAAUAUGCGCUGUGGACUGUUGUGGUGACCGUCGCUUUCUGGUCUGUGUAUGCGCCCUUGGGAUUUCUUGGUGCUCGUUGGGAGGCGGCGGCUUUAUCGAUCGGACUUGGUGCGCUUCUAGUUGGUACUGCUAUGUGGGCGCUCGGCCUAGAGGAUCGAAAGUUAGACCGACAAAUGUACAAGCUUUGGUGUCUCUGGUUGUGUUCGUUUGCCGGUCUUCCGCUCUUAGCUACUGUCUUCCCUUCACAGGAGUAG